UCCUGACAUGAGCAGGGUGCAAAAAACAGAGCCAUCCCUGCGCUGGCACAUGUAUAUAAGGGAUGGGGCUGCUGGGAGCUGCCUGCCUUCUGCAAGAAGUGGGGAGCUGUGGCCAGUUCGUGAACAGGACUUUGUGAUUUCUUCCUCCCUUGCCCACUGCACGAAUGAAGACCAGCCAUGAUGGAUCUAAGCCAUCCAAAACCCACACCAUCAAACCCAGAGAGCUGAUUCUCUCCCCGCACUCCAGGAAUGGGGACCACCAUGAAAAACAGCCCACACAAAUUACAUCAGAAUGGGCCCAUCCUAAGAACCAUGAAGAAAACACGAUGCCAUCCCAGGCAGAUGACCUCUUGCCUGGUCAGAGGGGAGCUCAGAUGUUGGAUGUCUGUAAUGGCAGCUUUAGCCUGGGACAUGUUUCUGAAGAGAUCAACCUCAAUAGCUCAGAGAAAAUCCCACACCAGGACAGCAAUGCAAACAGGAACAAGGAUGGGGUAUUAAAGAAAGCCUCAGUUGUGCAAAAAGUGAGAAAUGAGCCCAAGGAUUCCCCGUCCAAGGAUGUUUUCUUGUUUUGGGCCAAUAAAGUUAGCAACAGCAGCAAAGGGAGCAGCACCUUCCCAAAGCUACUGCAGAAAUCAUCUACAACUGCAGGAACCUCCUCUCCAGCUCUCCUUCCCCAGGAAGGACUCAGCUUAAAAGAGAAUCAGACUGAAAAACCCCAAAGAAAGACCAGAAAAGAUCUCUUCACUGACACAAAUGUUUUCAGCCAUAUAGACACUCACGUCCUCCAUGUGAGCCAGCAGCUGAAAUCGGGGCACACCACGAUGUCGGUCCAGGCCAUCGUUCCCCUGAUCACUGCCAAAUCCCAGAGCAAACUGGAGAUGGUGCGGGCCAUAUGGUUCUGGCUUUGCCAUAACAUUGAAUAUGAUGUGGAUGGCUUCCUGGGGCUCUCUCAGAAGAUCCACAUGCCAGAGCAGGUCCUGCAGACGGGGAGAGCUGUGUGUUCUGGAUAUGCUCAUUUAUGCUGGGAAAUGUGCAGGGAGGCAGGUCUGAGCAGCGUGGAGAUCCCGGGGUUCAGCCGAGGCCCGUGUGCCCGUGGAGGUCGGCAGUGCCAGCAACAGAAGAGCAGCCACAUGUGGAACGCAGUGCAGCUGGAAGGACAGUGGUGGCUCCUGGAUGCCUGUUGGGGUGCAGGCACUGUGGACACAGAGAACAGGUUGUUUGUGCCCAGGCAUGAUGAUUUCUUCUUCCUCACCAACCCUGAGCACUUCAUUGAGACCCACUGGCCGGAGGACCCUGCGUGGCAGCUCCUGCAGCCCCCCAUCUCAUGGGAGGACUUUGAGCAGAGAGUGUUUAAAACUUCAGAAUUUUUCAGACUUCAGCUCUGUCUCCUUUCUCCGAACACUUCCCUCCUCAGAACAGCCCAUGGAGAGGCAUCAGUGAUGUUGGGGAGCACUCAUCCAACAGAGUUCACCUACCAGCUCUCCAAACUCCAGGGCACUAUGACCACAGAGGAUGUAGGCACUGCUCAUGGGAUGAUGACAGUGUCUGAGAACAGUGUGACUAUCAAGGUGAUUCCCCCAACCAAGGGUCUGUAUGACCUCAUGAUCUUUGCACGUCAUGCUGACUCUCUAGACCCUUACAACUGGGUGUGCUCCUAUCAGAUCCUGUGCCUGGAGCCACACACUGCGGAGGCACUGCCUGAAAACCCUUUUCAUUUCUGGGGCCUUCACCAAAAGGUGAGAGAUUUUGGCAUUGAGGAAAGCAGCUACAAAGGGGAGCUGCUUGUUGCUCCACAGGGGACUUUGCUCUUGACUCUCCGGACGUCCCGACCCUUGCUUGCCAGCUAUGAGCUGGUGAAUAAAGACUUAGAUUCCACUCUGAGUAAGAAAUGUCUGGCCGCUCGAACUGAGGACAAGAAACUGAGUUGCCACGUCCUCUGUCCAUUCCAGGGUUACUACCGUCUCUCCGUGUUUGUGAAAGAUUUAGGAGGCACCUCCUUCAGGAACACAGCCAAUUUCCUUAUUCGUUGCUUAGGACCCAUCAACCAGAACGAGCUCUUCCCCUUGGGGUUGAGCAUGCAUUGUGGGAGCGGGAUCAGCUCCAGUGGCUGCGGCCUCUCCAACCCCAGCCACUCCGACCCCAUCAUCACCACCAAGCUGGGCAAGUGCAACAUCACCUUCCACGCACGGGCCGACGUCGAGGUGACCGCCAGCUUGAGCAAAGACAAAGUCAGCAGCACUGAGUAUCCCCUGGAGAGGUACGUGCUGGUCACCCACCUGAAGUCUAAAGUCAGCGUGUGCGUCGUGCUCCCUGAGCCGGGCGUGUACAGAGUGGGGCUUUUUGGGAGAAACAAAGACCGCAAGGAGUUUGUCCAUAUUUGCGACUACAUCGUGCGCUGUUUCUCAGAGCUGUGCUGGCCUCCUUUCCCCAAGGUCUACAGCCUGUGGAGGAGAGGAUGCGUGCUGCUAGAGCCACGCACGGGGCUCCUCCAGGAGCAGAGCUGGGUCCGCUUCAGGGUGAAAGUGCCAAAAGCCCACAGAGCUGUCGUCCUCGGGGGGGAGAAGACAGCACUACAGCUGAACCCCAGCUCUGUUUGGGAAGGGGAGGUGUUCAGCGGGGCAGCGGGGAUGCGGGUCCGACUGGCAGCCAGCUUCAGCCCUUGCUGCUCCUCCAUGGAGGUCCUGCUGGAAUUUGAGGUGGGAUGCAGCCCACCUGCCUCCACGGGGCGCUCGGGGUAAGCUGGGUGCUCUGCAAAGCGUGCAGAAAGCCAAGGGAGGAAGCAGAAGUUCUUAAAACUGAAGGACGUGGAGACACGGAUAGAACUCCCAGAACGUUAUGGCAUGCUGGGGGGAGUCUGGUUGUCACACGCAGAGCUCCUCUUCCCGCAGGAUAUCCAAAUACUUGCUGGGGCCUCCUAUCCCUCUUGGAGACCUUACUGCCGCAUAAAUCAGGAUCAACAUAUGGAAGGCUCCUAAUAUUUUGCUUCUGUCAGAGGAAACCAUUGUUCAGCUUCUCUACAGGAAGGAUGUCUCGCUGCUUAUUACCAGCUUGAAUAAUCGUUUGGAAUGCUUCGUUUGACAUUUAUUCAAGAACUUGGAAACCACACAGUUUCUCUCUCUGGAGAGGAUGACAACAACAACAAUUAAAGAAAAAAAAGAAAAAAGCCCAUGCCAGAGCCAACAGCAUCAAAAAAAUGUAAAUAUAUAGUAAAGAAAGGAGGACCUCCUUGCAGAGAAAAUCUGUGCUUGGGCAGAGGAGAGGGGAAAGGAAGGAAAGACAUACUGUAUUUUAUCAACCACGUCUUCAAAAUAUCUUCCAGGUCUUCAUUAUUAAGGCUGACAUGUAAAUAUACACUUAAGAGCAGCAAGGGCUCGAAAUUAAGAGAGGGAAGAGGCAAGGAAGUGGCUCUGCAGCCAAAGCUUCUAACUGCAGAGUGGAAAGCACAGACAACUGCUCUUAGGUUCUGGCAUGUGCUGCAAGGCACCAUAAACAGGAGAUGGGCAGGGCCCUCACAACAUCCAGAGGAGCACAUAUUCGUCAUCUGAAGAAAACAUGCUAAAGUAAAAGGCAGGAAAAGCAAUUACAUCAUCCAAUGCUUAGAGAUGGUGCUACUGUUUGGAUAAAUUUAGAGGCCAUGGGCUGGAAAAUACGCAGUAGAAAUACUUCUUCAUGCUUGCAAUGGGGUUUCUGGCUGCAGUAAGGAAGAACUGCUGGUUAAUUUUGGAUGCACAAUAGGUGAGGAAAGGAGACUGCUUUCUUCAAGUCCAGCAAUUUAAACUUGACCUGUAGCAAAAGCUGAAAUAGAUUUGAACCUUCUCUGAUUCCUGGAAGUCAGGCAGCACAGCUGAUGUGCCAGGAUCUGCAUUUCACAGCAAACUUGCUGGAACCACGCUGAUGUGUUGGAAGAUUUGUGGCAAAAUCCAAGGACUGCUCUGAAUGAAGCGAAGCACCUGCAAUGGCAAACAGGAGAAAUGCUUGCCUGCAAUGCUGAAGAGCAAUGUAAGCAGCACGGACCCUCUCUCCUCACCUGUAGUGUUGCAGCUCCCUCUUGGGAGCUCCUCAGGGCUCCCCAACCUGCACACUGCCCACAGAUAGCACUGCUCAUGAAAUUAUAUCUGCAGAACCAGCAAACUCUCUAAGACUGCUGCUUUCUCUUUUUUUCUUUAUUCUGUGGAAGAAUUCUGGCAUGGCAAACCAAAAUGGUCGACAAGAGAAAUUACUCUCAGUCCUUACUGCCAUCUUCCCAUCUCCAGGGAAAACUCAGCUUUAAUUAAUUCCUCUUUAUCCAUCAUAACGAGGUCCAGGUUAGAGUUACUUUGAUUUGGGGUCCAAACAAUUCAUGUCAACAUAUAAUUACCAGAGGUGCUCAGAAUUUUAACGAUGUUCCCACAGGGGAUUUUUUUAUUUUUUUUUUUACUUCAAGGAUCUGAAGUCAACCCUCUCACAUUUCCCUCUAUGCACGCUGGGGUACAGCACGCAACCCAUCUGAAAUGCCAUUCUGAUUUAGGUGUACGUACCUCAAAGCCCACACCCCCAGCUCUGAGUGCCUUCGCAAUAAGCACCGGCAGCACCUCUCCAACAAUAACAGCCCUGGAGCAAGCAUCACUCAUGGAAAAACAAUGGGAAGAGAAAGAACGCUCCUGUGUGUCUCUCCUCCUCUCACUCCCUCUGCCCAUCAGGAUUAAAUGAGGUAAGGAUGGAUUACAACACAUACCUGCAGCUACAAAACAUGCCUAGCUCUGAGCUGACUUGGUUCAGGAAGCCAUUGGAAGGCCUCCAGGUGUACGUGGAGCUGUGGACAGCAUGAAGAGAAACACGAGGGCUGUGCUCAGCUCUACCAGCAAGAGGCUCCUUCAUAGCUGAAGUCAAAAGGAAGUAAUACCAGGAUGGGCUGAACCUGAAAUCCCCAUACUAAAAAUGCUAACUUGUAUAGAAUCAUGAGGUGUCAACCAAGCACGGUGUCCAAACUCUUUGCCUUUACACAAUUCCUUGUGCUACAUCUGUGUUAAACUGGUCAUCAGGGUGAACUACGUUAUGACUCGUUUAGUUUAUCCUAUGGGGCUGUAACAGUUGAGGUGUCCAUACAUGCUGUGUAUUCUUCAGCUUCUUGUGCUGCUCUUGCAGCUUCAGUAGCAAGAGUAGGACCAAUCUGCAGUAGGAUAUCCACACGGGGGUAGGAAUUGAUGGCUUUAGAAUCAUACAAUCAUAUGGGUUGGAAAGGACCUCUAAAAACCAUCAAGCCCAACCCAUCCCCACCAUGCCCACUGACCAUGUCCCUCAGUGCCACAUCUCCAUGGUUCUUGGACACCUCCAGGGACAGUGACCCCCCCAUCUCAUGGGCAGCCGUGUCAGUGCCUGACCACUCUUUCAGAGAAGAAAUAUUUCUUAAUAUCCAACCUGACCCUUCCCUGGCGCAACCAAGGCCAUCACCUCUCAUCCUAUUGCUGUUACCUCAAAGAGGCUGAUUUUUAAAGGGCCAGACCUGCUGAAAUGGCUGCAUGUGAUCAAAGGAAUCCCACAAGUAUGGUAAUGGCUCAAAAACUGCUGCAUUUCAUUCAAUCAGGUCAAAGAAUGUGGCUGUAAAAGCAGUCCUUGCAUUGCCCAAGCUUCUUCAAAAUACAGAAAGAUGAAACAUCACCUACUUUCAAGGGUAAUUUCAAACAUUUCCUCCUAGUCUGACAACUGGGAUUUUGUGGCAAAGAUGAAAGAAAAGAAUGGGUAUAGGCGAGAAGAAUGUAUGUAAGAAGGGCAUUCCUCAAAGCUCAGCCAAACUCUUUAAUGCAGUCACUUGAGACGCAUAAGCCAGGGCAAUUCUGUUCAGCAAGUCCCCAGGAAUACAGCUGGAAGGCUGAGAGAGAGGGAGGAAGGGUUCAAAAUGUGCUUGAGAGAAAGCUGGGCUGUGUCCUGCUCUCUGCAGGCUGGCAGGUGAGAGGGACUGGAGAUAGACCUGGCUAGAGGUGCAGUCCCCUCCAGGUUGGCACCAUUGAUAACUGGAAAAGAUUAAUCUGGGAAAUCCUUCAGGAAAUGGCACGGGUGACUGUGAAGACCCCUCGCCCCAGGAAAAGGGAGGAGGAGGUGAUGAGCAGAGCUUUUUACAGGUAUCAGGAGAGAGGACUCGCAGAGAUGGAGGCUGGUGGGAAAGCUGCAAAGGGCAUUUCUAUAAUGGCAGAGAUUAGCUCCUGGGCAGACUAAGCACCAGGCAAAACACAUCUUCCAAAUCCCACGUUAUUAAGGAUUUAAGCUACUAACCCAUUUUACAAAGCUAUCCAACCAUGGGCACCCUGUUAGCAUUUUCAUGACAGCAGCCAAAGAUGUUCCACCUCCAGGGCUGUGAAAACAAGCAGCCACGGGACAUGAGCAGGACAAGAACAAAAGAGAGAAGGAACAGCUUCUCAUUGUACCAAAGAGCUGAAACCCUUAGCAGACUCACUGAGAGCACCGGAGUGAUGCUAAAACCAUGACAUCAUAUUUCCAACACUUUCACUUGCUGUACCAAAGUCUUCAUUGUUGUGUUUGCUGCUUUAGCCUUGGGUACACUGCGUACUCAGUACAUAUAUAUAUAAAUAUAUAUAUAUAAGAAAGAGACCUCGGCUAUCAGCAAUUCUGCUCACCAUAAAUAAAAGCAUGGUAACCAAGGUUA